CUCUUCAAUUCAUUGUCAUUGAAUUCAACCUUACCAAGCUCCACUUGCUCUUCACUCAUCCACUCUGCUGAGCACUACACUAUAAUCCCUACGUUCUGACUCCUCGACGAACGCCCCCAUCAAAAUGCCCUCCAAAAGCAACAACAACAACUACACCGACCCCGAACUCCGCCAGGAGGUCAAAGAGGAAGUGCAGCAGGGCGACAAGGGCGGGAAACCCGGCCAAUGGUCUGCGCGGAAGGCCCAACUCACGGCCCAAGAAUACAAAUCCCGGGGCGGGGACUACACGACCAGCAAGGACGAGCAGUCGCAAUCCCAGCGGAACCUGUCGCAGUGGGGCGCGGAGGACUGGGUGACCAAGGAAGGGUCGGGGACGGCCAAGACCGACGAGAGCGCGGCGGACGGCGGGCCGCGCAAGCGGUAUCUGCCCCGCGAGGCGUGGGAGGAGAUGAGCGAGGGGGAGAAGGAGGCGACGGAGAGGAAGAAGGUGGAGGAGGGGAGGAAGGAGAAGAAGCAGUUCGUGGGGAAUACGGAGGGGGCGAAGAGGAAGAGGGGGGAAGUUUCGAGACGGACUGGGGCUAAGGAUAAGGAUAAGGAUAAGGAUAAGGAUGAGGAUGAGGAUGAGGAUGAGGAUGAGGAUGAGGAUGAGGAUGAGGAAGAGGAAGAGAAUGAGGAAGAGGAGGGGGAGGGGGAUGGAAAGGGUGAGGGUGAGGAGAAGGAGGAGGGCGAGGAGAAAGGGAAGGGUACUGCUAAGGGUGCUGCUAAGGGGAAGAAGGAUGUGAAGAAAGAUACCAAGAAGGAAGAUGGGGAUAAGAAAGACCAGCAAGGGGAUGAGGAGCAAAAGGACGGGGAGAAUAAAGACGAGGAGUUAGAUGAGGAUGAUGAGGAGUACCAAGAAGAAGAAGAAGGGGAAAGAGAAGACGAAGACGAGGAAGAAGAAGAAGAAGGAGUGGAGCAGCAGGUGGGCGAUGAUGAGGAAGCGGAAGGCGAUGCCCCCGACAAAAAGAAGCAAAAGACGAAGUAA